AUGGGAAACAAACAUCAAAAAUUAGAUAAAACUGAUCAGCAUUUAAUAGAACAGAAAUUGUCGACUGGAGUGCCAAUUAAAUGUUGUAAUCUUGAAACAUUCUCCUUAUUGUGGCUUGAUGCAAACGUUGAUUCAACUGCAGAAAAUAGAGAAACACAAAUACAAUUAAGAGCCACAAUAAAUUAUCUCAAAACAUUUCACACAUCUGAUGAAUGUGAAGAAUAUAUUCGAAAAAUAAAAGGCGUGUUUAUUGAUGCAGCUGUCCUGAUCAAACAAAUAUCAUUUGAUCAACAAAUUCGAUCUCAUACUGAAGAAACUUUAAACAUAUCUGUCUAUUCGUACACAAAUCAACAACAAAAAGGUCUUGGUGGCACAUUCAUCUGGUUUCAACUACUCAUCGAUGUCUUAUUCCGUCUACCUCGAUCAAUAUGUGACAUGAAAGAACUAGUCGUAAUGUGCAAAGAAAGUUAUGAAGAUAAUCCUCAUGAAGAAUCAAUAAUGAGAGAAUUUGAACUUAAUUAUUGUACUGACAGAAGCAUCUGGUGGUAUACAAGAGAUUGUUGUUUAUACAGAAUUCUCAACAAAGCAUUAAGGCUACGAGAUAUUGAUAUUCUAUUCUCAAUGAGAUUCUUUAUUAAAGAUAUUUCUGAUCAAUUGAAAAGAGAACAUCAGAAGUUUGUUCAAACAAUUUUAUCACCUAUCAUGAAGGUCUAUCGAGGACAAGCAAUGGCUAUAGAUGAACUAAAUAACCUUCGAUCGAGUGAAGGAUACUUAAUUUCAAUGAAUAGUUUUCUAUCAACAAGUCACGAUAAGAAUCAAGCAUUAAUAUUUGUACAACAACUUACUCCAACAGAUUCGGGUCAACGUGUUUUAUUUGAAAUAAUAGUUGAUACUCGUCUUGCUACGCGUCCAUUCGCUGAUAUCAGUCAUUUGAGUUAUUUUAAAACUGAACAAGAAGUACUAUUUACACUUGGCUCUAUAUUUAGACUUAAAAAUGUUAUAUAUCAUGAGACGGAACAGUUGUGGAAUGUAAAGAUGGAAUUGUGUAACUCAGAUGAUCAAGAUUUGAAACAAAUGUUUGAUUACAUCCGUAAAGACAUCGGUGGGCGUGAAGAAGAAAUACAAUAA